CCUAUAAAUGUACGCAAAUGACAGGCAUGGAGAGUAAUCUCUAGCUGGUGCACGUCCAUUAAUUAAUUAGAUGGCUUCCAUAUCCCUCGACGCGGCCAUUCGCUCCCUCGACAGAGACGGCGAUGGCAAGAUCUCCGCCGCCGAGCUCGCCCUCUGCAUGGUAAGCCUCAUGGGCGUGGAGCUGCCGCAGGAAGAGGCGGCGGCCCUCGUGGCCCUCGCGGACGGCGACGGCGAUGGGCUCCUGGAAGUGGAGGAGCUGGCGAGCGUGCUGCAGGCGGGGGGCGAGGAGGAGGCGGAGCGGGAUUUGCUGGCGGCGUUCGAGACGUACGAGAGCGACGGUGAAGGGUGCAUCACGCCGGUGAGCCUGAGGAGGACGCUGAGCAUGCUGGGGACGUCGAAGGAGGUGCACGAGUGCAAGGAGAUGAUUUGUAGGUUUGAUCUCGAUGGCAACGGAGUGUUGAGCUUUGAGGAGUUUAAAAUUAUGAUGAUGGUGUAGGUUUGUGGUGGCUAUCAAUUAUUGAUAGAUUUAUUAAUUACUGAUA